AUGACCGACAAAGCCACCUCGGAGGUCCCCACCUGUGGUCCGGAGGAGAUCGCCUCUGAGUCCUCCAAGGCACCCAGCACAGAACCCUCUGGAGAAGUGGCAGCAGUGGAGAGUCCUGGGGAAGCGCAGGCUCCCACACCACAGGAGCCUGCCCCUCAGGCACCUGUCCCCGCAGCCCCUGCAGCCUCUAAACCUGCACCUCCAAGUGAAGAUGUCCCCAGUGCCCCGCUGCUGCUGACCGUGGAGGAUGUGAGUGACAGCUCGGUGACCGUGAGCUGGGAGCCCCCAGAGAGGCUAGGGCGGCUGGGGCUCCAGGGCUAUGUGCUGGAGCUCUGCCGCGAGGGAGCCUCAGAGUGGGUACCCGUGAAUGCCCGGCCCAUGAUGGUGACGCAGCAGACUGUGCGGAACCUGGCUCUGGGAGACAAAUUCUUCCUGCGUGUGGCUGCGGUGAGCUCUGCGGGGGCCGGCCCGCCAGCUGUGCUAGAGCAGCCCAUCCACAUCCAGGAGGUCAUCGAGGCCCCCAAGAUCCGUGUCCCCCGCCAUCUUCGUCAGACCUACAUCCGCCAGGUGGGAGAGACAGUCAAUCUGCAAAUCCCCUUCCAGGGGAGUCCCAAGCCUCAGGCCUCUUGGACCCACAACGGCCACGCCCUGGACAGCCAGCGAGUGAACGUGCGCACUGGGGACCAGGACUCCAUCCUCUUCAUCCGCUCGGCCCAGCGCUCCGACUCGGGCUGCUAUGAGCUCACUGUGCGUCUGGAAGGCUUGGAGGCCAAGGCAGCCAUCGACAUCCUGGUGAUUGAGAAACCUGGGCCCCCCAGCAGCAUCCGGCUACUGGACGUCUGGGGCUGUAAUGCUGCCCUUGAGUGGACGCCACCCCAGGACACAGGCAACACAGAGCUCCUGGGCUACACAGUGCAGAAGGCAGACAAAAAGACAGGGCAAUGGUUCACGGUGCUGGAGCGCUACCACCCGACCACCUGCACCAUCUCUGACCUCAUCGUGGGAAACGCCUACUCCUUUCGCGUCUUCUCCGAGAACCUGUGCGGACUUAGCACCUCCGCCGCUGUCACCAAGGAACUAGCCCGCAUCCAGAAAGCAGGUAUCGUUGCCAAACCCAAAGGGUUUGUCGAGCGAGACUUCUCAGAAGCCCCCUCGUUUACUCAGCCCCUGGCUGACCACACCUCCACCCCGGGCUACAGCACUCAGCUCUUCUGCAGUGUCCGUGCAUCGCCCAAGCCCAAGAUAAUCUGGAUGAAAAACAAGAUGGACAUCCAGGGUGACCCCAAAUACCGCGCCCUCUCUGAGCAAGGCGUCUGCACCCUGGAGAUCCGGAAGCCCAGCCCCUUCGAUUCUGGGGUCUACACCUGCAAGGCCAUCAAUGUGCUAGGAGAGGCAUCUGUGGACUGCCGGCUGGAGGUCAAAGGUGGUUCUGAGGCUCUGGACAAGCAGGGAAGUAUCCCCGAGCCGCAGCGGCCGAGCCCAGAGCUGGACAUGGGGCCCCUGGACCAGGAGGCCUGGGAAGGAAAGAGGCGGCUGUGUCCCUCUGUCCUGUGUCGCCUCCUCAGCAGGACUCCUGAUGGCUUUGCUCCCUGGUACCUGCCUGGCCUCCUCCCCCAGAGGCUGGAGCCCAGUAGCCAGGAGUAG